CAACUGCUAGGCACCAAUGCUAAGCUGGGCCUCCGGUGCAAAGCCUGCAAGAUGGGCAUCCACAACAAGUGCCUGGAUCGAGUUGGACAGCAGAGAUGCAUGGGGAAAUUGCCUAAAGGUUUCCGGAGAUACUCGAGCUCCCCUCUGCUGAUUCAGGAACAGUUUGGCUGUAUUAGGGAGGUGAUGCCUAUUGCCUGUUGCAGUAAAGUUGACCCAGUGUAUGAGACUCUGAGAUUUGGAACCUCUCUGGCACAAAAGACCAAGCGGACCAGUGGAUCAGAGUCACCACAGAGAAACUCUACCAGUGACGUGGCUCAGGUGCCAGAAGAAAAGACGGCCCACAGCAGUCGAGCUCAACUCACCAGGAAACCCAGUGACAACGUUUUUGCACCAGUGGAGAAUGGAACAGAACAUUUUCAUAUUGCUGAAAGGAAAUCAGAAGAAUCACCUGUAAUCAAACGAGAGCUGAAGAGGGACCCUCUGCAGCUCAGUACUUAUGUGGCUUUGUUUGAAUUUACCCCCCAAGACAACCAAGACCUAGAAAUGAGACCCGGAGAUCGAAUAAUCCUGGCAGAUGAUUCCAAUGAUGACUGGUGGAAGGGUGUGAUUGAAGAUAGAAUAGGUUAUUUCCCAGCAUCCUUUGCGCAUCAGGUGAGGGCGGGCGACAGGGUGUUCAGAUGUAACCGAACCUUCAUUGGCUGUAAGGAGCAAGGGCAGAUCAACCUGAAGGAGGGACAAAUUUGUGUCAGCGGUGAGGACGAACACAAUGGCUUCAUCAGAGUAGCGAGUGGGAAAAAGAGAGGAUUCGUGCCCUGUGAUGUCCUGGAGAAUAUAUGAAGUGAAAGAACAGAGAGAAGAGAUGGUUCAUUUAGAGAAAAGGAAAGACUUUCCAGCACUGUUUGAAUGAUCUAUGGAUCCACCUGUAGUGUGGGCAGACGCUGGAGGGCUCGUCAGGACUCUGUGUCUCCCUCAGUGACAGAAAGAAGAAUGGACAAUGAUUUCAAAGAGUAUUUGGACAUCUAAGUUGGACCUAAAAAUGUGUAUAUUUAAUCUCAUUUACUAACAAAACCAAACCAUCUGCAGACAAAUGCUGCCAGAGAACUAACGCUACUUUUUAAAGCUAUUUUUUCAGCCCGUCAAACAUGCUGAAUGAAAUCGAAUACUUGUUUCUUGCUAAGUUGAGGUGAUGAAUCCAAACAUAGUGCCUGUUUUCCUCUAGUUUUUUAAAGAUAGUUAUCAUUUAAAACCUAAACUUGUAUUAGGUUCAAAUAAAUGCCAUUUGGUUUGGUAUUUUGAUAUCUAACCAUUUUCACAUCAAGCUUAAUUGUCCAAAUACUUCUUGGGCCAUUGUUUGUGUGUUUCAUUAACUGCUGAAUGUCAGUGUCAUGUUUCCGUCUCGAGAGAAUUGUGUUUUCUGUAUUUAAUUAUUGAAUGUUGGUGUAGGGGGUCGUCAACCACAACACGUUUCACUAUCAUCUAUUCAAUAUACUGUAGCAUCAAAACUCACAUUGUUUUGAAAUAUCUUAAUUGUUAAGACAACUUAUGUAAUGCUUCAUAUAUUUCUAUACAAUCCAAUACAUGUUUAAUGCUGUGUGAUAUAUGUUCUAUUUUAACCCAUUCUUUUCAAUUAAUGUGCAGGUGUAUUUUGUUUCUUUGACAAUUACUUUAAACUUGCAGUCCCAAAUUGUAUUUUCCACUCAUGCUUCUGAGAACAGAACAGGAAUGAUCAGAU